UGGAGCUCCGGAGCACUGAACUGAGCCGAGUCGAGCCGAACCGAGCCGAACCCAACCGAGCCGCCAUCCCGCCAGUGAUGGCCGGCAGCUUGCAGGACUGACGCGUCCCUGAGAGCAGACCUGAUCCACGUCCCACUUCAGCGCCAUGGAGCGCUCCGGCAGCAUCCAGCUGGACAUUCCGGACUUCAGCAAUUCGGUUCUGUCCCACCUGAACCAGCUGCGGGUCCAAGGGCGCCUGUGCGACAUCGUGGUCCACGUUCAGGGUCAGAGCUUCCGGGCCCACAAGGUGGUCCUGGCCGCCAGCUCGCCGUACUUCCGGGACCACAUGUCCCUGAGCCAGAUGAGCACGGUGUCGCUGACGGUUAUCCGGAACCCGUCCGUGUUCGAGCAACUGCUGGGGUUCUGCUACACGGGUCGCCUGAGCCUGCAGCUGUGCGACAUCAUCAGCUACCUGACGGCCGCCAGCUUCCUGCAGAUGCAGGACGUCAUCGACCGCUGCACGCACAUCCUGGAAGGCAUCCACCUCAAAAUGAGCCUGGUCGACCCGGACCAGCGGCCCGUGGACCAGGAGGGGGCGCCGCCGCUGACGCCGCGCACCCGCACCUUGGAGGCGCCGGUUAGAGGAGCCCGUCACCCGUUGCCGCCCAGCUCCAGCGUGGACGCGGCCAGCCCCGGGGUGGAGACGCUCAGCCCGACGUCGGGGCCGGAGCAACCCGGCGUCUCGGUCAACCGGGCGGCCAAAGAACCCAUCCUCCGCAUCAACCGGGCGGGCCAGUGGUACGUGGAAGCCGGCAGCGAGGCGGACGAGAGCUCCUCCGUAGACGGCAUCACCAUCAAGACGGAGCGGACGGAGCAGUGGAUCGGGACGGGGCGCGAGCGGGAGGAGGCGGGCCUGGCCGAGGCAGGCGGCGCCAUGAUGAUCGACGUGACGGGACAGGGCGCAACGGCGCCGGGCGCCUGCGGCGUGCGACCAUCCAGCAGCCUCGGCGACGCCGACAGGUUCAGCCCCACGGGGAGCGUCCUGGUCCUCGCCGACCACCCAAGAGCGAAGAGCGAAUCCCCGAGCCGGACCGACGACCCGGGACACGCCAGCUCCCAGGGGGAGGAGCCGGCGGCGUACGAGGACUACGUGAGGGACCAGGCGGGCGACCGCUGGUUCCGCUACAACCCGCGGCUGACGUGCAUCUACUGCUGCAAGUCCUUCAACCAGAAGGGCAGCCUGGACCGCCACAUGCGCCUCCACAUGGGCAUCACGCCCUUCGCGUGCCGCCUGUGCGGGAAGAAGUACACGCGCAAGGACCAGCUGGAGUACCACAUCCGCAAGCACACGGGCAACAAGCCCUUCACGUGCCGCCUCUGCGCCAAGAGCUUCCCCUUCCAGGCCAUCCUCAACCAGCACCUGCGCAAGAACCACCCGGGCCACGACACCCACAGCGCCUCGCCCGAGACCACCACCGCCUCCCUCACGUCCAGGGGCGGCCCCGGCGAGGACGCCUCCCCCGGGCGGGAGGAGCCCGAGGCGGGCGGAGGCGGCGGGGCGGCGUACAACGACGGCCCCCACCCCUCGGUCACCACCACUGGGCCCGACUGAUACGGCGCCCCCUCGUUUACGCCCCACCCAAAACCCCCACGCCACUUCAGCCAAUCACGUCCUUCCUCUCUGCCUCCUGACAAUCAGCCGGCCCGCUGCGGCGACUUCAUCACACCCUUUGGCAUCCGCGCUGAUUUUUUUAGCGAGAUUCGACGUCCGAACCCCGGGCGCACUCCGACUCCGGCCGAUCGUUGAGUUCGGGUCUCAACGGACAAACCUCAGAUAAGCUAAGCAGCUCAGUUACCUCUCGUCAGCACGCAAUACACCACCGGGGGGCGCUCCACCCGCACCACUUUCCUCAGUCGCCGGUUUGAAAUCAAAGCGGCGACAAUUAAUAACUCUUUUUUUAAUUUAAUUACAUUUUUUUAACUCAUCUACUAACCGCGCUUAAAUAAAAACCACAAACCCCGUUUCCACAUGAGUUGGGAAAUUGUGUUAGAUGUAAAUAUAAACAGAAUACAAUGAUUUGCAAAUCCUUUUCAACCCAUAUUCAGUUGAAUACGCUACAAAGACAACAUAUUUGAUGUUCAAACUCAUAAACAUUGUUUUUUUUUUGCAAAUAAUCAUUAACCUUAGAGGCCCUGCGAUGAGGUGGCGACUUGUCCAGGGUGUACACCGCCUUCCGCCCGAUUGUAGCUGAGAUAGGCGCCAGCGAACCCAAAAGGGAAUAAGCGCUAGAUAAUGGAUGGAUGGCAUUAACCUUAGAAUUUGAUGCCAGCUACACGUGACAACGAAGUUGGGAAAGGUGGCAAUAAAUACUGAUAAAGUUGAGGAAUGCUCAUCAAACACUUAUUUGGAACAUCCCACAGGUGUGCAGGCUAAUUGGGAACAGGUGGGUGUCAUGAUUGGGUAUAAAAGCAGCUUCCGUGAAAUGCUAAGUAAUUCACAAACAAGGAUGGGGCGAGGGUCACCACUUUGUAAGCAAAUUGUCGAACAGUUUUAGAACAACAUUUCUCAACGAGCCAUUGCAAGGAAUUUAGGGAUUUUACCAUCUACGGGCCGUAAUAUCAUCAAAAGGUUCACAGAAGCUGGAGAAAUCACUGCACGUAAGCGAUGAUAUUACGGACCUUUGAUCCCUCAGGCGGUACUGCAUCAAAAACCGACAUCGGUGUGUAAAGGAUAUCACCACAUGGGCUCAGGGACACUUCAUAAAACCACUGUCAGUAACUACAGUUGGUUGAUACAUCUGUAAGUGAAAGUUAAAACUCUAUAAUGGAAAGCUAAAGCCAUUUAUCAACAACACCCAGGAACGCCGCCGGCUUCGCUGGGCCCGAAAUCAUCUAAGAUGGACUGAUGAAAAGUGUUCUGUAGUUUGACUAGUCCACAUUUCAAAUUAUAUUUGGAAACUGUGAACGUGGUGUCCUGCGGAACAAAGAGGAAAAUAACGAUCCGGAUUGUUAUAGGCGCAAAGUUCAAAAGCCAGCAUCUGGGAUGGUAUGAGGGUGUAUUAGUGCCUAAGGCAUGGGUAACUUACAGAUCUUUGAAGGCACCCUUAAUGCUGAAUGGUCCAUACAGGUUUUGGAGCAACAUAUGUUGUCAUCCAAGCAACGUUAUCAUGGACACCCCUGCUUAUUUCAGCAAGACAAGUUCAAGCCAUGUGUUACAACAGCGUGGUUUCGUAGUAAAAGAGUGUGGGUACUAUCCUGGCCCGCCUGCAGUCCAGACCUGUCUCCCACUCGAAAAUGUGUGGCGCAUUAUGAAGCGUAAAAUACGACUGAAGCUCUACAUAAAACAAGAAUGGGAAAGAAUUCCACUUUCAAAGCUUCAACAAUUAGUUUCCUCAGUUCCCAAACGUUUAUUGAGUGUUGUUAAAAGAAAAGGGGAUGUAACACAGUGGUGAACAUGCCCUUUCCCAACUACUUUGGCACGUGUUGCAGCCAUGAAAUUCUAAGUUAAUUAUUAUUUGCAAAAAAAAAUAAAGUUUCUGAGUUUGAACAUCAAAUAUGUUGUCUUUGUAGCAUAUUCAACUGAAUAUGGGUUGAAAAGGAUUUGCAAAUAAUUGUAUUCCGUUUAUAUUUACAUCUAACACAAUUUCCCAACUCAUAUGGAAACGGGGUUUGUAGUUCCUUCGCGAUCAAAGCGGCCACGCCAGAUCCGGGUUAGUUUUUUGCCCCCAUCCCUGGCUUAAAAGAUGCACCACCCACCUAAUAGGGGGGAAGAGAUGAUGCGGUAUUAUCUGCUCCCAGAUACUACCUUCAUGCUUCAGUCCCUCGCAGGAUUCUCACAGGAAUGAGACAAAAAAAUAGGACCUCAGGAACUGUGGCGUAACGGACAAAUACACCUGAGCUUUGACCGUACUGGUGCACCCGGGGGAAGAUUCACACCAGAGGUCAAAGGUCGCCCGCCAAACCAACUCGAGCACUUGAUCAUGAAAACAAAAAAAACAAAAAAAGUGUCGACUUGCGUGUGAACCACAUUUAUUUUUUUUAUAUGCAAGGGGCGGGACUCGUCGCACGUAGCGGCGAGGGAACGCCUGCCGGCGCAACGUACUUGUACAAAACCACAUCACCUCAACCUGAUUGGCUGAGCCCCGCCGGGCCCCGCCUCCUCACGACACUUUACCUCACCCCCGACCCCCGAACCCCGGUCCGAGUCCACACCACCCUGGCAGAGAACCACGGGGGGAAAAAAACGCCGAUUCCGGUCCCGCGUGCAGCAAGCGCGGUCCGUUCAGGUUUCUGUGGUACCUCACGUCCUCAUCCUCUGACCUCUGACCUCUGACCUUCUCCUGAAGGCCACAAAUGUUUAUUUUUUUUUUUAUUUUUUAAAACGAUUGACUGCUUUUAAACUGCUGAAGGAUCCAUUCAGAACAUUUUUAACAAGCCGGAGGCGAAAGUUUGAUGUUACGUGCCAACGUCAGGGGGCGGAGCCAAACGUUGACUGCUUCUUCACUUGGGAAAAUAAACACCUGACUUAAAAAGUC